AUGGAAGAGCGCAGGCGGAGCAGGUCACCGAGGAGAGGACCGGAAGGAGACCGGGAGAGGCCACGAAAGAGUCAUGGAGGAUUUCGAUGGAAGGAAAAGAGACGCGAUGAUGGUGACAGAUACCGUGAUGAACGGACGUUAGAGCGUGGAUACAGGGAUAGAGGCGAUCGUGGGCCCUCCCGUCGCGAUGGUGAUGAUGAUCGAGCUGGGGACAGGUACAGAGAUGGCGACCGCGAUCGAUUCCGAAGACGCGGUAAUGGCUACGACUCCCGUGAUAGACCAUCCAACCAGGAGAGAGGUCAUGAUCGUGAUGGAAAGAGGGAGAAGAAGGAGAAGAAGGAAAAGGCACCAGCGCCGGCUGCAGCAUCAUCCGAGGAGUUUAUCAUCGUUCAUGUCAAUGACCGUCUAGGAACGAAAGCUGCUAUCCCGUGUCUCCCUUCAGACCCGAUCAAACUCUUCAAGGCCCAAGUGGCUGCACGCAUUGGACGAGAACCGCAUGAGAUUCUGCUCAAGCGGCAAGGGGAACGCCCAUUCAAGGAUCAGCUCACUUUGGAAGACUACGGUGUGAGCAAUGGGGUCCAGUUAGAUUUGGAAGUCGACACGGGCGAUUGA